AUGGACUUUCAAAGAAUCAUGCAGCAGCAGUUCAACAUGAGAGGUCAAAAUCUUGGUGACGUCCCUAUGGUAGACACAGCUGAACAAAUCUACAUUUCUUCCCUCGCCCUUCUCAAAAUGCUGAAGCAUGGCCGAGCAGGUGUGCCACUUGAAGUCAUGGGCCUUUUGCUAGGAGAACUAGUUGAUGAAUAUACAGUCCGUGUAGUCGACGUUUUUGCAAUGCCUCAGUCAGGAACUGGAGUAAGCGUUGAGUCAAUAGAUGAAGCUUUCCAGAUCAACAUGACUGAAAUGCUAAAGCAAACAGGGCGGUCAGAAAUGGUCGUAGGCUGGUAUCACUCCCAUCCUGGCUUUGGCUGCUGGCUUUCAGGAGUUGAUAUGAACACCCAACAAAGUUUCGAGCAGCAGCUGGCUAGAGCAGUUGCAGUUGUCAUUGACCCAAUUCAAAGUGUCAGAGGCAAAGUUGUGAUUGAUGCCUUUCGAUUGAUAAACCCGCAGCUUUCUAUGAGAGGAAUGGAACCUAGACAAACCACUUCAAAUAUCGGGCACGUUGCCAAGCCUUCUAUUAGCGCUCUCCUGCAUGGUCUUAACAGGCAUUAUUAUUCAAUCACCAUCAACUACAGAAAAAACGAGUUAGAACAGUCAAUGCUUCUGAACCUGCAAAAGCAAAAGUGGGUCCAAAAGCUUAAGGUUGAAGACUUCAUGAAAAGAGAAGAAGAAAACUUAAAAAUCAUUGAAGAAAUGGUCACGCUUGCAGAAACCUAUAACAAAUGGAUCCAAGAAGAAAUGAAAAAGACCAAACAAGAAAUGGUUGUGAGUACAGUCGGGAAACUUGACCCUAAAAAAAGGCUAGAACAUGACGUUGAUCAACUGAUGACCAAUAAUAUUUUGCACUCACUGUCAUCUAUGAUCGAUACAGUAAUCUUCUAA